CCGCAUAAACAAUCAAUGAACGCUGGUGGGGAAAGCUAAGGAAGUGACGUUGUGAACAGGAAACAACACGGAAUCUUCGAGUUCAGAAAGUGUUGUUAGCAAACUAGCAAAUUCAUCACAAAAAACUCUAUCAUAUACAAAAACAAGAUCCAGAGAGAAUGGCUGCAGACUGGCUGGGCAGUCUGGUGUCAAUAAACUGUGGACCAACCCUGGGCAUGUACCAGGGAGAAGUGUCAUCUGUGGACCAGACUAGUCAGACCAUCUCUCUCAGACAACCUUUCCACAAUGGGGUCAGGUGCCAUGUCCCUGAGGUCACCUUCAGUGCUAUGGACAUCAGAGAGCUCAAGUUCCUGGAUAUCCAAACACAAAGUGGUGUCAGCAGAGCCAGUGCUGGACAGGGGAUCUUGUCUGAUCCAGGCGUCAUUUCUUCAGGGCAGAGUGGUCAGAAUAGCAGAGGUGGUUACCCUGCCAACAACACCCAUUCCACCACCACUCCUAUUACCAUUUUACGCAAAGACUCUGGCCUGGUUGUCCCCAGUGUGUCCUACGAGCUUCACAAGUGUCUUCUGGCCUCAGCGGAGCGGCAUGGCCUGUCUCUGGAGCGGAGGCUGGAGAUGACUGGUGUGUGUGCCAGCCAGAUGGCCCUCACUUUACUGGGGGGCCCCAACCGGCUGACACCUAAGAAUAAUCACCAGCGUCCCACGGUGGCCCUGCUGUGUGGCCCCCAUGUCCAGGGGGCCCAGGGCAUCAGCUGUGGACGGCACCUGGCCAACCACGAGGUGGAGGUCAUCCUCUUCCUUCCCAACUUCGUCAAGAUGCAGGAGUCCAUCACRAACGAGCUCGCCCUCUACAGCAAGACCAGCGGCAAGCAGGUGGCCAGCAUCAAAGACCUGCCGGUCAGCCCAGUGGACCUGGUCAUUAACUGUCUGGACUGCCAUGAGAACGGUUUCCUAAGGGACCAGGCCUGGUACCUGGCGGCUGCGGACUGGGCCAACCAAAACAGGGCUCCGGUGCUCAGCAUUGACCCUCCAGUGAGUGGCCAGAAGCAGGCCGUGGAGGCCAAGUGGACCCUGUCUUUGGGCUUGCCCCUGCCUAUAGAUGGUGGGGAGGCUAGGGUCUACCUGUGUGACAUCGGGGUGCCCAAGCAGGUGUUCCAGGAAGUGGGCAUCAACUACCAUUCGCCCUUCGGGUGCAAAUUCGUUAUUCCUUUACACUCUGCAUAGCAGGACCUGCAACAACCUAUCAGCCCUGGCUGUGAACAGGAUUGUGUUGUCAUUCUAGUGAAAUACAGAAGGCCUUCUUAGAGGGUGAUGUGUACAGUUACUGAAAAAAGGUUAUGGGGGGAUUUCAGAAUGUGCACUUAAUUGUAUUGCUGGUUGGUAUAUGUUUUUCCUUUGCUCCCGGUAAAGGCAGAAGGGUAAAGCUCCAAGAGGAGGGCUUCCUGAUAAGGGCUAAGUGUGUGUAUUGCCCUCCUCUAAUAGCCCGUCUGAGUAUGUUAUGUUUACAGAGAGCUGACUAACCACUAGGAGUCAGUCUCUAUCUAUGACCCCUGACUGUGUGACCAGCCCUGGGCCUGAGACAUGCUUCCUGUUUCCUACUGUAGAUUGUGUGGACUGGAGACCACAGGACCUGGCUGACCCAGUGCCCCACAGCAGAGCUCAAUCUCUCUCGCCUCUCUGGGAAAAGCCCUAUGAU